UCCCCGAAGAAAAGGGCAUUUGCCAGGAAGCAAGAUGGCGAGAGCGGCUACGAACGAAGUGUCGCGAUAGGAGCUUCCGCCGAGGAUCAGGUGACGAGAGUUUGAGCCAGGACCGGGAGGGCGGGUGUAAAAACCCGGGUUGGGGCCGAAGGCGGUUAGAGCUGUGGCAGCGGCAUCCGGAGUAGCACUGAAAUCUUCCGGCGGCGGGAACUGGGGUCAUGGAUCAUAUCACGGUACCCAAGGUAGAAAACGUGAAAUUGCUGGAUCGUUAUGUGAGUAAGAAACCAGCUAAUGGGAUUCUUUAUCUUACUGCAACCCACCUGAUCUAUGUGGAGGCUUCUGGUGCAGCCCGGAAAGAAACAUGGAUUGCACUCCACCACAUUGCUACUGUGGAGAAGUUACCCAUCACUAGCCUGGGCUGUCCCCUAACACUCCGCUGCAAGAACUUCCGGGUGGCUCAUUUUGUCUUAGACUCUGACCUUGUGUGCCAUGAGGUUUAUAUUUCACUACUCAAGCUUUCUCAGCCAGCAUUACCUGAAGAUCUUUAUGCUUUUUCUUACAACCCCAAAUUCUCGAAAGAGAUGAGGGAAAGUGGAUGGAGACUGAUUGACCCAAUAUCAGACUUUGGGCGUAUGGGAAUACCCAACAGAUACUGGACUAUAACAGAUGCCAACAGAAACUAUGAGAUAUGUAGCACCUACCCUCGUGAAAUAGUGGUUCCUAAAUAUGUUACCUUGGGAAUGGUGGUUGGAAGUUCAAAAUUCAGAAGUAAAGAACGUGUCCCUGUGCUCUCCUACCUCUGCAAAGAGAACAGUGCUGCCAUUUGCCGCUGUAGCCAGCCUCUCUCUGGAUUUUACACUCGCUGUGUAGAUGAUGAGCUCUUGUUGGAGGCCAUUAGCCAAACGAACCCAGGGAGCCAGUUUAUGUAUGUUGUAGAUACAAGACCAAAGUUGAAUGCCAUGGCCAACCGAGCAGCUGGGAAAGGGUAUGAAAAUGAAGACAACUAUGCCAACAUUCGCUUCAGAUUCAUGGGCAUUGAGAACAUCCAUGUGAUGCGGAGCAGUCUGCAGAAACUUUUGGAAGUAUGUGAAUUGAAAACUCCAACAAUGAGUGAAUUUCUUAGCGGCCUGGAGAGCUCAGGGUGGUUAAGACACAUUAAAGCUAUUAUGGAUGCUGGAAUUUUCAUUACAAAGGCAGUGAAGGUAGAAAAGGCCAGUGUCUUAGUUCAUUGUUCUGAUGGGUGGGACCGCACAGCACAAGUCUGCUCAGUGGCCAGCAUCCUCCUAGAUCCAUUUUAUAGGACAUUCAAAGGACUCAUGAUCUUGAUAGAGAAGGAAUGGAUAUCCAUGGGCCACAAAUUUUCCCAAAGGUGUGGCCACCUCGAUGGAGACUCUAAAGAAGUGUCCCCCGUCUUCACUCAGUUCCUAGACUGUAUUUGGCAAUUAAUGGAACAGUUUCCCUGUGCCUUUGAGUUUAAUGAAAACUUCCUGCUGGAGAUCCAUGACCAUGUUUUCUCCUGCCAGUUUGGAAACUUCCUUGGAAACUGCCAGAAGGAUCGGGAAGAUCUAAGAAUCUAUGAGAAAACACAUUCUGUGUGGCCUUUCUUGGUUCAGAGGAAAUCAGACUUCAGGAACCCUCUCUAUAAAGGCUUCACUAUGUAUGGGGUGCUCAAUCCUAGUACUGUGCCCUACAACAUUCAGUUCUGGUGUGGGAUGUAUAACCGCUUUGACAAAGGGCUGCAGCCCAAGCAGAGUAUGCUAGAGAGCCUCCUGGAAAUUAAGAAACAGAGAGCAAUGCUGGAGACAGAUGUGCAUGAACUAGAAAAGAAACUAAAAGCCCGUGAUGAGCCACCAGAAGAGAUCUGUACCUGCUCUCAAUUAGGAAACUUAUUAUCCCAACAUCUGGGAAGUCCUUUGACCAAUCCUCUUGGCUUUAUGGGUAUUGAUGGAGACCUGAAUACCUUGAUGGAAAAUGGCACCCUCUCCAGGGAAGGAGGCCUCCGUGCUCAGAUGGAUCAAGUAAAAAGCCGGUGUGCAGACCUCCACCAUGACUGUUGCAGGAUUGUGGGCAGCCUUAGGGCCAUAAAUAUCUCUGGGGAUGUGGGCAUCUCUGAGACCAUGGGCAUCUCUGGAGACAUGAGUACUUCUGAGGCUACAGAGUUCUCCAGAGACUUAGGAAUCUCUGGGGACAUGGACAUCUCUGAAGCCAUGGGUAUCUCUGGAAACAUGGGUAUUUCUGAGGCCAGGGGUUUAUCUGGAGAACUGAGUUUCCCUGGGGACAUGGGCAUCUUGGGAGACACAGGCAUCUCCAAGGCCAGCACCAAUGAGGCAGACUACUCCAAGCAGCAGUGAAUUAGUUACUCAUCUGCUUCCAUGCUAGGUACACCUACAGCAGCUACAAUGAUUAUUGUCCCAGAGAGGGCUCUGCUACUUUUCCAAUUGGUUUAAGUGGGUGAGGCCAGGUCACCCCUCUUCCCACUUAAGAGUCUAGAAGGAAAUUACUUUGAUGAUUAAGUGACCAAUAUGUUCAUAUUAAGCAGUACAGAGUAUAGUCAAGGCAAAGAAUAUGUUAUCAUUCUAAAAUGGGAUUUAACUAUAGAAAUGUUGCCUCUCAGCUGAGACAUGUAUUAAGCUGGUUCUACUGUCUGUUUUCCUUAAUGAUUGACCUCCCCUGUUUUCUACCCUCACUGAUGUAAUGUGAGAGUGAAUGGAAGUAUUGUCACAAUGGUCAAUAACGACCCAUUUGAGGGGAUGGAGAGAUGGUAUACACCAGGUAACUAAAUUGCAGAAUAUAUUAAAAGAAAAUUUUACUUUCGGAUAUUCUUAGUCAUGAGAUGUUAGCUAACAUUAUUGCCAAUGGAGACAUACAAUAUUUCCCUGAGAAAGGAAUCAAAAUGAUGCUUUUCAAAAUGAUGCUAAUCAAAAUUAGCAUGAGUACAUGGGUGUUUGGUGGUUUGAAGCAUGUAAGGAAAGUUUUCUUAGGUUAUGACACUUACUCUCUCCAACCCACACCCCAGCUAGGUCUUGUUAUAAUACUUAGCCAAUUCCCUUUUUCAUAGAUGGCUCAUAGGUAAACUUGCAUCCACUACAGUAUGAAAUUAUAAAAUUUCAAAUUAAUGAGGUUUGAAUUAAUAACAUUGAUUAAUAGCAUUCUCAGCAUCAGUUCAGGAAGUAACUGAAAAUCUCGAUGCUUCAGACUCAGACUGAGACAUGGUCUAUGUGGGUUUUUGCAAAAUAUGUCCGUUUUGGGGUCUUUUUAUGAAGACAAGUGGUUUUCCUUAUAUAGACAUCACAUGAGAUUUGUGGAUUUUUUAGACACAAUUGGCCCUACUUUUAAAUCUGGUAGGUUUAUCACCUUGUGCUAAUGUACACUUUUGAAUAAAGUCCAUUCUGAUAGCAUAUCCAGAUAUGUCUGGGGAAAGGAAUGCAUUUUUAUUUAAACAUUAGAUUUUCUCCUAGGGCUUGAUAUACUUGAUGGGUUUUUCAUCUUUCCUAUUGGAUAUUUAGUCAUGAUUUUGCUACUUCCACAUACUGAGAGUAAGAUAGGCCUUGGUCAGUUUGGAUCAUGCUCUGUAUAUUCUCAGCAAUUCCAGAACUCUUAAUGCCAACAGAAUCCAAGUCCUCAACCAAAAUGUAUUUUCCAAAUACUCUAUAUUUGGCUUAAGCUAAAAAAUUAGAUGACUUAAAGAUGCAUCUCUUGAUUUUCACAUCCAGUUGUGCACAUAGAAAUCUCUAGAGGAUUUAGAUGCUUUCCUUCAAAAAAUCUCUGAAGGAUUAGGUGCUUUUCUUUGAAAGAAAAUGGGUACUUUUUAAGGGUUUAAUUUAUGUGUAGGAGAGGAAUACCAGGAUAGCUCCUUGAUUUCUUAUCCCUAGCUAAACUAUAGACCCAAAAUAACCUCUUUAGUGGAAGAACUCUAAAUCAUUUUGGUUGUCUUUUUUUAAUAUAUAAUGGAGUCAUUUUUCUGUUUAUUUCUUCUUGGUAACUGUUUUAAUUCUUUGUUUUUAAAGAACUCUUAACUUGUUUGUGAUUUUCCCAUUAAUAAAUAAGGGCCAUAUUUUACUUAAAUCUUCUUGAUAGCUGCCUUGAUCCUAUAAUUUUAAAGCAUUAAGACGAUUUCCUUUUCUAUCUCUCUGGUCCUCCUCUUUCCAUGAUUUAGUCCUUACCUUAUAUAAACUAAAUCAUCAGAUGUUGCCAGUUGUCAUUUAACUUCUUUUGGAAAAAAAAAUGGGGUUUAUACACACCAUUUUGAUCUGGAGGUUACAUGUAAUUCUGGCUUUGUGAAGGAUGUUGCCAAAAAGGAUGAUGGUACCAAUCUGCCACCAGUGAGCCAUUCUGGAGCUUGCUCCCACAUCUUUCUCCCAUAUCUCAAUAUGUAUUUUGCAGUCCAUUAAUUAGCAUGAUGUUCUAGAUAGAGUAUAUUGAGUUUUCAGGGAAGAAAGUAAAAAGGUAAGACAUGGUAGUUUUUGCAAAUUCCAAAAAAAUCUAAGUCUUCAUUUAUUCCUAAAGGUCUGUACAAGGACACUACAUAGUACCUAACCUUAUUUGUUAGAUCAAAAACAAGAUUAAUCAAUAGUGAAAGGAAAGGCUUUUGAAUAUAAUUCUAAACUGAGAAGUGGUAAACCACAACCCUGGUAUUUUCAAAAAUGAAAACAAAAUUUUUAAGAGACUGUAUUAUUUUGUUAAUUAAGGCCAUGGGAGCAAUUUCAGUCUCAAAAUCUGUGAGGUCAGUUAGUUUGGUCUUUGAUAGUUUUACUCUCCAACAUGUCCCAUUAUUGCUUGCAUAUAACAAAUGCAGAACUAAGAAAAACUUGAAAAUCACCGAUUUAUUCUCAACACCCAACACCUUUUGGUUUUACAGUUGAAUUUGAAAAUCUGAGAGAAGAAAAGAUGGAAUCCAGAUAUUUAUACACUAGUAAAAGCAGAGUAGCUAUCUGUAGGUAGGAGCCCAGCAAUAGUGAGGAGACUUGUGAAGGUAAGUUGGCGGGAGUACUAGAAAAGAUGAUCUAUUAAUGGCUUUCACUUCAUACUCUGAUAUAACACCUAUGCUGCGAAAGAAAUAUGACUCCCUACCCACACUGCCCUACCCUACCAGUUCCCCAAGCAGAAAUUCCAUUCUCAUGAGACUGCUCUACUUAAAUUGGAAGGCAUUUAACCACCUGCCACUGUCAUCCACUAAUCUGACCUCUGCUUGCUUUCUAUACAAGUUUCACAGGCCUGGGGUUACUGCUUAUCUUUUUUAAGCAUGAGGCAUGCUCUGUUUCUGUACUUGUGCCCAGACUCAGAUUCUACCAUGGCCACUGUUUUAAAAAUUCAUUAAUUAUUUGCUUAGUUGAUGAAAUGACAGAUUUAUCACAGUAAUAAAAUAAUCUUAAAUAACAAACUUAAAUAACAGCUAACACUUUGACUUUUUAAAGAAGAAAUUCACUAAUAAGGUUUGCUCUGUGAAAGAAAACCUGAAACUAACCACAAGAAUGUAAAGUUUAUGGUGUAUAUAUUAGACAUAUGUAUCUUUGGAAAGUAGCCUUAGAAAUUAUGUUCAAUUACCAGCAAAUCAGAUGUCAUUGCCUGCCAACAUGCAUGAAAAACCUUUUGUCUGAGAUAACCCUCACACUUCACUAAAAGUGAGACCUUUCUCAGAUUCCAGCCAAAAGGAAUCCAAAUCUUUUUAAGGGGUGCUUUUCAAACUUAAUUGGUAACUAUUUAAGUUGGGUUUUAAUUUAGUAGAAAGAGAAGUUUAAUAACUAAAGAUGAUCGUGUUAGAUCUUUGUUACAUACUGGCUUUUAUUAAACACCCAACUUUUCUCUAUGCUAAUUAGGCUUUGAUAUACUUUUGAGAAAUCUCUCUGUGAGAGUAUUUUAUUAAAUGUCCUUUUUUCUAAACAAUUGUUUAGGGAAAUGUAAAUUACCUUUACGUUAAAAUACCUCUCUCAAAAGGGGUUUACUAUACUUCAGAUUGGUUUAUACCUAGGAAGAUAAUUCUCACUUUCUCUAUUAAUUCCUAAUGUGUAUAAUUUAGUGAUAUUUAAACCAAAUCUUUACCCCACCUUCAGGCCUCUCACUCCCAGAAUCCUAUGUAUGAUACAGGCAGAUUCUCCAACCAAAUCUGGUUGCUUUAUUCUAAGUACCAAAUUUACACCUGCUUUUUGAUGUAGACAUUUAAAAACAAACAAAAAGACAUGGCUUAAUUUUUACAUGUUAUUCCUGUGUUUUGUUUUUGUUUUAAUAUACUGUGAAGAAAUGGUUGGGCUGUCAGGCAAUACCAAACAGACAGAGGGAAACAUGUUAGGUCAUAAAUGACUCUUGUUUUCUUGUCCUUUUAAAGGCGGUUGUGAUUUCAAAGUAUGUGAUGGUGACAUAGAAACUUUUCCAAAGAAAAUCUGCUUUUCAAGCCCUGUAGAGCAUGUCUUCUCUGAUUCCCUGGCUGUGGGACUGACAGUCUUUCCCUUACUUUUAAAUAGGAAGUACUAGUAUUGUCACGAGUCUUGGCAGCUCAUAUCUCCUUUACAUGUCAAUGCAAGUAAAAGCAUGUUACAUUCUCUGCGAUUUGUGACUUGUUUUCACAAAAGACAAGUGUGCUUUGAAAGCAGCUGUCUCAUUUAGAUCCAUGGGUCUUGUAGGAACUGCGAAGUUGGCAUGUUAAGUCUGGUGCCCUGUCCCUUGGUGCUUUUUAAAGCAUUGUGGGUAACCUAAAAGCCUUUUUCUCUUCCAAAGCUUUGUUAACCUUUCAACCAUUUUCAUGGCUUUCAUACUCUAACUUUUUAGAGGGCCCUACAAGAGCCCUUACAGAAUUCUAGUUGUAGAGAAGGAGAUGGGAAAGGUGAGGGGAAGAGAGUAAUAAAGAAAUAUACCUGGCCAGUUCAAUAAAAAGAGUAUAUACUUAUUCAUGAUUACCAGAAUUCCAGUUAUUUAAAAUUUCAUGUGCUCCUUGAGAUUAAAUUGUUCAUAAUAAGGUCCAAAAGUCUUCUUUUCCAAGUGGUACUGAGAGUAAUGUAUUUUCUUUUUAAGGCUUUUACACUGAUAGAAACUCUUUUCUUAAAAAUGCUGUGAGUUGUGUAUUUUCCUUCUUAACACUUUUCUCUGUUAUGAUAUGUAGUCCUGGGUUUUCUUUUAUUUUUAGAGAGUUAAGGCUGAUGGGUGGUAUGCUCUCCCCUUAGUAUGUCCUUGAGGCAGAUCAGUCAUUAGCCCUGUUUUUGCUUCUUGUGCUGAAGCAUCAUUGGAUUUCUCACCAGUCAGGUGAGAAACAUACACCAAAGUCAUAGAUAAUCACUGUUCAAAGACCCAUGUCCUCUGGUCCCACUUCACAUACAUUUGGCAAUACCAGUUCACAUACAGUGCCUCCAAGUCUCCACUUCACUUGCAUUUGCAGACAGGGUGAUUUAUUUUGUGAAUGCCAGUGAGAAGCAGACCAUGUAUACUGCUUCUGAAACAGAGCAUGUUGUAGAUUCUACUUUGACAAUCCCUCUGGCUUAGGAACAGCUAACAAGUUCAGUCCUUUCAGAAUAUAGCUCAUGGUAUAGCUGUGUGUGUGUGUGUGUGUGUGUGUGUGUGUGUACUGGAACUUUAGUAGCAUCUGGUCUCAUAGAUUAUUUGGGCAUUCAGAUGAAGAGGAUUUGUCCAAGAAUUUAGAAACUCUAUUAGUGCAAAGCUUCUUACUUUGAUAUUGUCUAGCUAAGUUUAAUGAGAACUUCGAGACAUGCCAAGCCAGAGAUACAAACCAAAGUGAAGCAAUUGGCCUUUUCUCUGGGAUUUAUUAUCAGGCAACUUUAAAAGUGAGAUUCAAUAUAUGACCGGUGUUAUAUGUAAUAUGUUAAUGUCACCCACAUACCUGCAUGAAGAACAUGCAACUCAUGUACUAACACUGUCACAGCAGCUCAAGUCUGAACUUGCCAAGGUACAACAGUGUGAAUGAUUGACUUCAUUUCCCUAUCAUAUGUUAUCUUGAGCGUUUCACACAACUGAGAUAUGGAUGUAUGACCAAGUGAAGAUGUUCACUGCCAGUUGUUUUGUCCAGUGCCACAGAUGCUCACUGGCCCUCUAUUGCAGUUGUGUUAUAGUUUGUAAAUGUUUGGAUGAUACACUGUUUUUUGUCUAAAAUUAAAAAGCCUUCAGUCUUUUGCA